AUGGCGGAGACACGACGUAAGGAGAAACCAGCGCCGGACCUCACGGACUUUAUGAACGACAUGUUUUUUGGAGCAGUAGAUCACGUGGACAACAAAACCUACGACCUCACAGGUAGUAAAGGAGUGAACGACGACGAGGAGGACGAGGACGAGGACGAAGGGUUCGACGACAGCACUAGAAGCAACAGUGCAAGGUUGACGCAAGAGUGGCUGCAAGAGGCACGACUCAUCGUGGGUUCCUCUCCUUCCCGCGGUGGAUCUCCAAGUCGUCUUUCAGGGUCCCCAAGGUUCGCAGCACCACAACCACCCUCACCCCUUUCCUCAUUGGACCACAGAGACUCUCUCUCUAGAACUAGGUCUGCACGAAGAUACAGAACAGGGGUAGGGAUCAGUGACGAGAUACUGUCAAAAACAGCCAGACACACUCGUAACAAAUCCGACACUUUCGCUCAACCCUCAUCGGACGAGGAUGGAUCCCCUGCAACGGCGGUUCACAACUGGUUCUCCAACAUCCUUAAACCGACCAAUAACAAUAACACACAACACACAACUCCUUCUCCUCCCGAUAAUACCCUUUUAACAUCUCUCCCUCCACGUCAGCCGCAUCCUCGAAAGUCACGCUUCCAAACGGAGCCCUCUGCUGCGCCUCACCCGCAGGGCAUCCAAACUCCCAACUCCAGGCGAACCUUCAAGACUUCUGCUCCGGAGAAUUCUCCUUCCGAUUCUGUUCCUCUUUCUCCGCCCAGGAACCUCGUCGAGUCUGCUCACCGGAGGACAAUAUUGUCUUCGACGUGCUCGCGGGAGAGGAUGGCGCCGAGGCAUGUUGCUGCAAAAGGAGAGCAAGCAUGCCUCAACGGCUUCCUCAAAGAGCAGAGGACUUUGCUGCACAAAAUCUCCACCGGAGAGUCCCAUGCAAAUGUGCAAAUCGUGCUUUCUGGGCCUUCCAACGGUUGGUGA